AUGUCUGCUAGCUAUUGGACUUCUACACAAAGAUUUCAAUGGCAGCAUACGAAAGAAAGUUUGGAUAAAGAGAGACAGAAAUUGUGGAUACUGGAAUAUCAGUUAUUUCCCCAAGGUUUGAACAUAGUCAUUGAUCCAAAGCCAAACAAUCUGAAUUUAGACUCUGCAACUAAAAAUCCUGGCAACAAUGUGUCUUUGAGCGGAAAUAUGAAUGUCCCUGUGACUAAAAAUAUACCCAUCUCACAUAGAGAUCUGCAUUACGAUAAAGAUUUUAAUCUACGAAUCUAUUGUUACUUUUUAAUAAUGAAGUUAGGAAGAAGGUUGAAUAUUCGCCAAUGCGCACUAGCAACAGCACAGAUAUAUUUAUCAAGGUUCUUGAUCAAAGUUUCCAUAAGAGAAAUAAACUUGUAUUUAUUAGUUACAACAUGUGUUUAUUUGGCAUGCAAAGUCGAAGAAUGUCCACAAUAUAUCAGAACGCUAGUAAGUGAGGCUAGGUCACUAUGGCCAGAAUUCAUUCCACCAGAUCCAACAAAGAUAACUGAAUUUGAAUUUUAUCUCAUUGAAGAAUUGGAGAGUUAUUUGAUUGUCCAUCAUUCUUAUACUUCAAUGGAGCAAAUUAUAAAUAUCUUAAAUGACAAAAAAUACAACCUUGUCAUUUCUUCAGAAGAUAUUCAAAAUUGUUGGUCAUUAAUUAAUGACAGUUACAUAAGUGAUGUUCAUCUGCUAUACCCCCCUCACGUUAUUGCAAUGGCAUGUUUAUUUAUAACAAUUUGUAUUAGAGGCAAAGUAUCGAAAAGCAGCCUAAAUGGCACCCAGAGUUCAACAAAUUCAUUGAAAAUAAAUAAUGAUAAUUAUAACAACUCUUUAAAUAUAGAUAGGAGAAGCCAUAGUAUCUUUAAUAGAUUUAUGGCAGAAUCGCAUGUCGACUUAGACGAAGUAAUGGAUACAAUACAAGAAUUAAUAACACUUUAUGAUCACUGGGAUAAAUACCAUGAAUCAUGGAUUAAAUUUCUAUUACACACAUUGUAUUUAAGACCAAAUCGAGUUAAUCAACCACAUGCAUCAAUUACACCUGAUAAUCUGUGA